UGCCACCUCUGACCUGAGGCACAGCCUACACUUUAAGGGGGUCUUGCUUCUCAGCUGCACGUUAGAAUCACCCUGAAGGUGUGUUAACUCAGGCCACACCCCAGGCCAAUUAAGUCAGAAUUGCUGGGAGCUUCUGUCUUCUGGUGGUUUUGUUUGUUUGUUUUGGCUGCACCUGCGGCAUGUGGGAGUUCCAGGGCCAGGGAUCAAACCCACGCCACAGCAGCGACCUGAGCUGUUGCAGUGACAACGCCAGAUCCUUAACCCACUGAACCACCCGCAGACUCCAGCUUCUGUCUUUCUGUAUCCUCCUCUAGCGACUCCAAUAUAGCAGUUUCUCCUUGGGUGUUUCCUCCUUUUCUCUCUGAGCCCCAGUCACUAAGCGUGGCUGUCAGGGUUACCCUGGUCUGGCGGGGCCUGACCCUCAGAGGGCUGGUCUUGCCCACCUUCACCCCCUCUUCGCUGGCCUUCCAACCAUCCCCAUUGUCCUCCCUCCCUUAUCCUCUGGGAGCCUAGAGGUGGUCCUCAGACUCCCUCCCUCUCCCAGAGGAAAGGCCUUGGACACCGCCCACCCCCCAACUCCACCAAAUCUGCCAUCCUGGCCAGGCCCUCGGCCCGUGUUACAUCUCUCCCGUAACAAGGAAGUCCUGCUCAGAGCUGCAAAUUGGACCAAAGGGAAGUGUUGAAAUGAGGAAGGGGGAUUGAGGCAACAAGAGUCAGUAGGCGGGCCUCACACAGCAGACUCGCCUGGCUGCUGGCUCUCCCAGCCCAGAGCUGACCAUGUUCCUGCUCCACGGAGAACUGGCCGCCCCCCACGCCCACGCCCACCCCGACGGAGGCCCUGGCUGGACUUGGCCUGCCUCUGUUGGCAGAAGGUCCUCAAGGUCUGGCACAGGGAGUCAGGAAGUCAGCACACAGCAGGGCAUGGGGUGGGAGGGAGGGGGACGGGAUCUGAGGAAGGGCCAAGGCUGUCCCCGCCUCCUCUCCUUCCUCUGCCCUCCCUGCCUGGCCAGCAGACCCCACCCCGUGGGGCCCGGGGCCCAUGGAGCAGAAGCUGCAGUCACUUCCUGAGGGCGGUGGCUCUGGCUCGGAUCCCACUUGCCCUGUGGCCCGUCACCCACCUGCAGCCAUGGGGAGUCAUCAGGACUUUCGGAGCCUUCAAGCAAAGUUCCAGGCCUCUCAGUCUGAGACCAGCGAACACCCCAAAAAACCCCCGAAGCCUGAGUUCAACAAACUCCUCAAAAAGUUCCCGCAGCCUGAGCUAGGCGAGCACCCCAAGAAGCCCCUGCAGCCCGAGUUCACUGAUCUGCCCAAGAAGCCCUCCAAACUUGAGUCCAGUGAACUCAAGUUCAAGAAGUUCCCACAGCUUGAGGCCACUCUGUUCCCCAGGAAGCCUCCGAAGCCUGAGGUCGGAGAGGCCCCUCAGAAGCUCCCACAGCCUGAGCUCAGCAACACCCCUAGACCCUCUGCAGAAGCCAAGUUCCCCAGAAAAUUCCAGCAGCCAGAGCCCGAUGAGGCUACCCUGAAGCCCUUGCAGCCUGAGUUCAGUACCUUUCCCAAGAGGCCCCCGCAGUCUGAGUUCUCUGUGGUCCCCAGAAAGCCCCCACAGCCUCAGGUCAGUGGCCUCCCUAAGAAGUCCCUGCUGGAGCCUGAGUCCAGUGAGGUCCCUCCAACGCCCCCCUCAAAGCCUGAGUGUAGCGAGCCCCACCCCCACUCCUCACAGCCCAACUUCAGUAUCCUUCUCAAGAAGCCCCCGCAGCCUGAGGUCAGUGCAAACCUCAGAAAGCAGGGGCUUUCUGAGGUCAGCGGCCACCCUAAGAAGUCCCUGCCACAGAUCGAGCUCACUGAGGCCCCUCAGGCACCUCCUUCAAGGCCCGAGUCCAGUGAGCCCCACCCCCACUCCUUGCAGCCAGACUUGAGUACAUUUCCCAGAAAGAUCCCACUGCCUCAGCUGAGUGACCUCCCCAAGAAGCCCCUGCAGCCUGAGUUUGGCAACCUCACCAGGACGUCCUCAGAGCCCGAAGUCAGUGUGUUUCCCAAAAGGCCGAGGCAGUCUGAAUUCAAAGCGCUCUCCAAGAAGCCCCCACAGCCUGAGCUGGGUGGCCUCCCCAGGACAUCCUCAGAGCCUGAGUUCAACCUGCUCCCCCAGAAGUUUCUGCAGCCCGAGUGCCAGGGGCACCCACACAAGUUCUCACAGCCUGAGGCCACUCUUCUGCCCAAGAAGCGCCCACAGGCUGAGUUCCUCGGUGACCUCCCUAGAAAGCCCCCACUUCCUGGCUCGGUUUCAGAGAGCUCACUGCCCAGGGCAGUUGCGGGCUUUAGCUCUCGGUUCCCGCUCAGCCCAGGGUUUGGAGACAGGCAGCAGAGAUCAGCUCUCACCCGCAGUGUUGGGUCAAGGCUGGGCUUCAAACCUGGCCAUCCACCCCGGAGGAGGCCUCUGCCCCCUAUCAGCAGCCUGGGUCCUCCUCCAGCCAAGCCCCCACUGCCCCCGGGCCCCAGAACCAUCCAGAACUUUUGGAGAACCUCAGCGGCAGACACAGCUCUGCCGAGGAGCCCUUCUGCUGGGAUCCGCUUCCAGGUUCGACAGCCUGCAGACAUCCCACAGAACCCAGAUGAAGUCUACGAGCUAUACGAUGACGUGGAGUCCACAGAUGACUACAGACCCAACACCAAGGGCAGGGAUGAAGUGCUGUCCACCCAGCAAUCCCCCAAGAGGCCACAAGACCCAGAGCCCAGGAAGAAGGCGCCCCAGCAACAGCAGUCACCACCCGAGGACCUAAAGUCCCUGAAGCAGAUCCGGAAGGCAGAGAAAGCUGAGCGGGAGUUCCGGAAAAAGUUCAAGUUUGAGGGGGAGAUCGUGAUUCUGACUAGGAUGAUGAUUGACCCCAAUGCCAAGACACGACGUGGGGGUGGCAAGCAUCUGGGAAUUCGGCGUGGGGAGAUCUUGGAGGUGAUUGAGUUCACCAGCAAGGAGGAGAUGCUAUGCCGGGACACCAAGGGCAAGUAUGGCUACGUGCCCAGAACAGCUCUCCUACCCCUAUCCUCUGGAGAACCAACCACUGCCCCGGGAACAAUAACGCCUGCUGGUGUGGGGACCCAGAACAACACACCAGCCCAGCAUCCCAGCGUGGCCAUCACGGAACUGCCUGGGGUCCUGUCUGACCACGUACACAGACCAUAUAAAGCCCUUCCUUUAAAGCGAUUCUGGUUUCUUGUCUUCUCUCCCUCCUGAGGGGCACACACAUUA